ACUGCAACCAACAUUGAUUCAAAUUUACUGUUGACCAUUAAAAGAUAGGUUAGAUAUCAAGUUGUGAGCCGACAGCCGGGAUCAGCUGUGGUUCUUACUGCCAGAAGUUUCCUGAAAAAAAAAAGUUAAAUCAUAUUGCAACAUAUUACAGAAGAAAUAUGGUAGAGAAAAUUACAGAAGCCCUUAGGGCUAUCAAUUACAAGGGACCAUACACGGACCAAGCUAAAUUGGAGGAACUUAUAGUGCUUGGCCUAGGAAGUCUUAACUUCUUUGAACUGAUAGUGUAUUUGACUAAUGAGAUUAGGGUGCUGUACAAACUGGAUGAGAAUGUCAGUCCUGUUACAUCAUUGGGGGACACAACAGAAUUUAUCAUGGAGCUGAGCUCUUUUCUGAGGGAGCUUGGUUGUCCACAUGAGAAGAUUACACAGGGACAUGUGUCUGGAAGGCUCAGUGAACUCAAUGACAAAAUGGUAUUGAUGCAAUACUUGGUGGGAGAAGUUAUGACUGCUAGGAUCCUUAAAGAGAAGAAGGUGGAUAAUCAAUUUGAUCUGAAAUUGCAAGAAUCAGCGCAUGCGAGCAAUUUGUCCAAGAUAUUGCAGACGUUGAACAUCCCAAAACCUCCGGCCAAUUUAUCUCUGUCAGGGCUUUUCCAAAAAUUGCACACGACUGUGACUGCGUUGGUGCAUAAAGCACCGGAAGAUUUAGUAGGAAAACCGAUUUGCAACUUCAGCAUGCAGGAUAAGCACUGGGAGAUCCUGCAGACGGUGCACAGGAAUCUGGACGAGGAGUACUCGUUUCGCAGGGAGAUGAUGUUGACCAGAUUGGAUUGCACCGUGCAGUCCUUCAAGUGGUCGGAUUCGAUGAAGGGAAAGGAUGAGAUUAUUAAGAAGGCUUACGCCGACAAGCGAAAACAGCUUCGGGUCGAACCGAACGUGCGGAUCUCCGACUUGCUCAGCGCUCGCUCCGACAUUGCCAUCAUCGAGAAGACGAGUAACGCUGGCGUGCGAAAGAAUACGCAGACGUCCAUCAAUAAGGUCUUGAUUGGGCAGGUCCCAGAUCGAGGAGGCAGGACCAACGAGCAGGCGGCUCCGCCCCGCGAAAUGCCAUCCUGGACUGCGGGCGGUGGUAGGGGAGAUUUCAGAGGUCGCGGUUUUGGCCAUCGCGGAAACCAUGACAACCAAAACGCCGCCCGCGCUCAGAUGUACCGUCAACAAGCCGAACAAGCUCAAUCGACCAAUCAGAGUGAUAACUAUAGCCAGAGGGGAGGUUACCAGAGACAAAGUCAAAGCGACCAACCCAGAGGACGUGGUAGCUAUCGCAGAGGUCACGGACACGACGAUCGUUACAGCGAUAACAAUACGCGAGUUGCCUAUGAUUCUGCCGGAAGCUACGGCAGCGAUUCCUUCGAACCCAAAAGGGCUAGAACUUAUGAUAACUACCAGAACACUAGGAUCAACUACGCUGACCAGUACGUACAGGAAACGCAACAAAAUCAACAGUACAACUCCAGAAGGGGUACGGGUGGAAGGAGUCGCGGAAGCCGCAGCGGAAGAGGACGCGGAUAUUAUUGAAAUUCCUUCCACAUCCAUCCUAUUAAUAUUAUAAUCUCCUAUACUGCAUCUUAAGUCUGCCGCGCUUCAGCUAAUAUCGAUCGACUCGAAACGAAACUAUUAUAUAUGAUAUAUAAAUAAUAUGUGUAACCAAAUAAUAAUAAAAAAUGAUUAAUUUAUUUAA